AUGAGGAUAUGGUGCAAAAGAUCACCUUCUUUUCCUGUUGGUUUUGGAGGUAAUAGUCAAGAUGCUCAGAUAUGGAGGCCUACUUCUAAUGGCAUCUUUACUGUUAAAUAUGCUUUUCAGCUGAUCCAUGGGGGUUCUAAUUGGUCCGAUGCUUGUUGGAAGGGUCUGUGGAGUAUGUCUCUCCCGCCUAAGUUGAAAGUUUUCUUAUGGCUUGUUUUCCAAGGUAAGAUCCUAACUAAUGAGCAAAGAGUUAGGAGACAUUUAGCUGUGGAGUCCUCUUGUUCUGUAUGUGGUUGGCACUCUGAAAAUAUCAUUCACACUCUUAGGGAUUAUGGGCGUGCUAAGGAAGUAUGGCUUACUGUUCUACCUCCAAGUAAAUUCCAUGAUUUUUUCUUAUCUGAUUAUCCUUCUUGGCUUCGGAGCAAUCUCUUUUCUAAAGCUAAGUGGGAAGGGAGGUCUCCUUGGAAUAUCAUGAAUAUUAUUUGUGCUGCUGUUUUGGAUUGGGUUAAGGCUUCUAGUGUGAAUUGUAGGAAUGUGCCUAGAACUCAGGUUAUGCUAAGGUGGGAGCCGCUUGGAAGUGGGUGGGUUAAGCUCAAUGUGGAUGGCACUUGCAUGAAUGCUUCUGGGAAAAUUGGUGCUAGUUGUGUGAUUAAAGAUUGCUUUGGGGAGUGGUGUGGAGGUUUUGCAGUGAAUUUGGGGAAAGGGCGUAUUUUGGAUGCUGAAAUCUGGGGUUUGUUUUUUGGCCUCCGAUUAGCAGUGGCAAAGGGCUUCACCAAGAUCCUCAUAGAAAUGGAUUCUCAUAUUGCUAUGAAUCUAUUCCAACAAAGGGAUUCUCUAUGUUUCCAUCCUCUAGCUGCUUUGCUCUCAAACUAUAUGGGAAGAUGCUUAGACAUUUUGAGAGUUGGAAUAUCUAGCAUAUUUUUAGAGAGAAGAAUGGUUUGGCGGAUUGCCUUGCCAAAUGGAGCCAUAAUCUAG